UAAUAAUUUUAAAUGUUUAUUGACUUACACCCGCCGCCGGCUGUCAAAGGAGAGCCUUCUCUGUUUGGUGGACUCGCUCUAAGGGCUAAUAUUGCAGCCUUUUGAAUGAAUCCCUCUACACCUCAAAAUCAUAUCAAAAUAAAACUCGACUUUUCUUCUUCUUCUUCUUACCUAGUAAACAAGCAAAAACAGUCAAAAACCAACUAUAUUAAUGCAUAACUGACCCGUGCUUUAUUAUUUUUUUUAACAAAUAAUUAAACAAUCGAAGAACCCACCUUUCUUAAGAUUCAGCUUCUUCUGCAACCCCAUACCAAUUUUCUCUUCAAUCAAAACGCCAUUCCCAACCCAGAAAAAUAGAAAACUACCCCCAUUACCUUUGUUUGAUUUCUGAAGGCAUUUGGCUUAUUAUUGAUUCAUGACGGUGACUCCACAAAUUUUCCCGCCAAGAAAACGCCGGCCGUCGGCGGGGGUGUUUAUUGCUCCUAACUUCUUUGACCUUAAACUUGUCCAGUCUCUCCUUAUUCUAUCCCAAGAAAUCUCAUCUCUCAAGCCUAUUUCAUUCCUUCUAAAACGCAAUUCUCUUUCGAUUAUCCGAAAAGCCACGCUCCUCGCAAUCUUAUUCGAUGAUCUUCUUCGAAACCCAAUUCCUUUUCUGUCUUCCACUCUCCUCUGCUUUGAAGAAAUGUACAUAGUUCUACAAAGAAUAAAAACUCUGAUAGAGGAUUGCUCAAAUGGAAGCAGGAUGUGGCUUCUAAUCCAAACCGAAUCUGUGGCUUGCAGCUUUCACGAGCUAACCCUUGAAUUAUCAACACUCUUGGAUAUUUUCCCUGCAGAACAGGUUGAUUUGAGCGAGGAUAUUCACGAACUGUUCAUUUUGAUCAGAAAACAAUGCUUGCAAGCAAAAGUAUUCUUGGAUCCAAGUGAUUAUAAUCUAAGGCACCAGGUGUUAACGAUGCUUGAUCGAAUCAAGAAAGAGAUAGUGCCUGAUCAUUCCAAGCUCGCUGAGAUAUUUGAUAAAUUAGGCCUACGCAAUUCUUCCAGCUGUAAAGAGGAGAUCGAGAGUCUCGAAGACGAAGUACAAAAUCAGAUCGACGAGGAAUCCGAAUCUGAGGUUGUUGCUUUGAUCGGACUCGUCCGCUACGCGAAAUGUGUCCUCUAUGGAGCAUCAACGCCCAUAUCCGAUCACCGGCGGAGAAAGGUGGUGUCAGAGGCCAUUAUUCCGUCCGACUUUCGGUGUCCGAUUAGCCUGGAAUUGAUGCGGGACCCUGUCGUACUAGCCACCGGCCAGACAUACGAUCGGGAGUCAAUCACCCUUUGGAUUGAAUCUGGACACAACACGUGUCCAAAGACAGGUCAGACGUUGGCGCACAGCAACCUUAUCCCUCACCUUGCCUUGAAGAAUCUUAUUGGCAUGUGGUGUCGGGAGCAGAAAUUUCCUUUCGACACUGCGGAAAAUAACCAAAAAGUUAACGGCGCUGUACGAAACAAGGCAGCGAUUGAGGCUGCGAAGAUGACGGUGUCUUUUUUGGUUAACAAGCUUUCUCUUUCACAGUCAUUUGAAGCAGCUAACGGCGUCGUUUAUGAGCUUCGUUCUCUGGCAAAAACAAACUCGGAUAGCCGAGCCUCUAUGGCCGAAGCUGGAGUUAUUCCUUUGCUUGUACGUUACCUAGGCUCAGAUGUAGGUUCGGAGCUUCCGAACUUGCAAGUCAACGCCGUAACAACUAUUCUCAACCUCUCCAUCCUUGAGGCAAACAAAACAAGGAUAAUGGAAACUGACGGAGCUAUAAACAGCGUUAUUGAGGUGCUGCGGUCGGGUGCCACGUGGGAGGCAAAGGCCAAUGCGGCGGCUGCCUUAUUCAGCUUAUCGGGUGUGCACUCAUAUCGGAAGCGACUGGGAAGGAAAACACGCGUCAUAAAGGGACUGAUGGAUUUAGCUAAAAGUGGGAACAAGUGUUCGAAAAAGGACGCUUUGAUGGCGAUUUUGAAUUUGGCGGGAGAUAGAGAAACGGUUGGGAGGUUAGUGGACGCAGGGGUGGUGGAGAUGGUGAAGGAAGUUAUGAAUGUGCUGCCGGAGGAGGCGGUGGCGAUUCUUGAAGUGGUGGUGAAAAGAGGUGGAGUAGUAGCAAUUGCUGCGGCUUAUAUUGCAAUUAGGAAAUUAGGAAUGUUAUUAAGGGAAGGAUCGGAUGCGGCUAGAGAGAGUGCAGUGGCGACUCUUGUUACGAUUUGUCGAAAAGGAGGAUCGGAAAUGGUGGGAGAACUAGCAGCAAUUGCUGGAAUUGAGAGAAUUAUAUGGGAAAUGAUGAGUUCAGGGACAAUGAGGUCAAGAAGAAAAGCGGCUACUCUUUUGAGGAUUCUCCGAAGAUGGGCGGCUGGGUUGGAUGGUGAAUUUGUAGAUUUGCAUACUACUGCUACUGCAACAAUUAGUAGUUCAUCAAGAGUUGCAUUGGCAAGCUAACAUUUGGUGUGCAGAAUUUCUUCAAUUUGUAAAAGAUAUUAUCAUGUAUUGUUCAAAAUUUUCUUGUUUGAAGAGGCAAAGGGUGUUCAUUCCUCAUCACCUUGGAAAAAAAAUCCAUUCUUUGUAACUCUUUUGUUCCUUCUUUGGAUAAUUUCAUUCGUUGUUGCGUGUUAA